AUGGCUCAACCACGUAAUCAUCAAAAACCUAACCGAAUUUUAUCAGUAGGAAGUGGUGGUGGUGCUGUUGAUCAUCAUGAAUAUCCUAUUCAAACAUUAUUCGAGCAUAUCAAAGAAAAACAACUUCCAUUUCUUAGUAAUAUUGUUAUUAUUGGUCGUUUAAGAGAUGCUUGGGAUAAACAACCGGAACUUGGAGAUUAUUAUCAAAAAUUUAUAAAUUCUUUACCAAUUACGAUUGAAAAAACUUUCGAUAAUCAUCAACAUAAUACACCUGAAGACGAUAGUGUUCAACCGGCUACUGGUCUAUUACUUAUUUUUCCAACUCUUUUCGUUCAUUAUCUUGAAAUAACAAAUUCAGCAAUGAAAUCUAUUCUUGAAGAUCUUAAUCAAUCGAUUAAUAGUCGUGAUGGCCUUAUACGAGAAGCAUCAAUUCUUAAUAUAUCUUAUAAUAUUCAAACAAGACUUUAUCCAAAUUGGUCAUUUAAAAGUAUUAAAUUAGCUGUCGAAGAUCUUGAUGCUCAACCAGCUGAAACACCAGAAGCAAUUGCUCUUGAAGUUCUUGGGAAAUUAUUAAGAUUAGCAAGAUAUCAAGCUGAAGAACGACAACGAAAUGAACGAUCAGGUGAUGUUCUUGCAAAUUUUGAUCAACAACGAGCUGAUUUAUUACCUAAUCAAGUAAAUAUAAAUUUUCUUCUUAAACAACCAAUCUUUCGAACAGCAGAAGAUAUUCUUAAAAAUUAUAAUCGUCCAAUAAAUGUUCGGUUUGAAAGUGAUUUGACUGCACCACCAACUCAUAGAUUAUUUCCAAUUACUUUCUAA